GCCCCCGGCCUGGGAAUGGAAACUUCUGUCUCACGUGCCGGAAGCCAGCUGGCGGCCAAAGCGGUGCGCCACCCUGCGUCCGGCCGCGACGAGCCUGCGCGAGUGGCCUCGCGAGAGGAGCUCGCCGAAAUGGCCGCGUCCAGUCAAGGAAACUUUGAGGGAAAGUUUGAGGCACUGGACCUUGCAGAAUUUGCUAAAAAACAGCCAUGGUGGCGCAAGAUAUUUGGGCAAGAAUCUGGACCCUCUGCUGAAAAGUAUAGCGUGGCGACCCAGCUGUUAAUUGGAGGUGUCACAGGAUGGUGCACUGGUUUCAUAUUUCAGAAGGUUGGAAAGUUGGCUGCAACAGCUGUUGGAGGUGGAUUUUUUCUCCUUCAGCUUGCAAACCACACUGGAUACAUUAAAGUCGACUGGCAGAGAGUAGAGACAGACAUGAAAAAAGCCAAAGAGCAACUGAAGAUUCGUAAGAGCAACCAGAUAACAACCGAGGUCAAGAGCAAAGCUGAGGAGGUUGUGUCAUUUGUGAAGAAGAAUGUUGUAGUGACUGGAGGAUUUUUUGGAGGCUUUCUGCUCGGCAUGGCAUCCUAAGGAGGACAACUAUACUUCCAUUUUCUGUUUUUUUCCAGCCAGCAGCCAGCCACUACACUCCAUCAUAGGGCAUCAAGUGUCUCCUCUUCCUCCUCUCCUCCUGUGCCUUCCUCCCUGUUGUGACAGAUCUGAAUGGCUUCUCUAGGCAUCUGCUGGUUCACGUUAAUACCGGCCCUACUAUAAGCUCGAAAGUGACAGAAGAGACAGUAGACGUUAGCUCUCCUCCCAGUAUACUCCCGACUUGGCCAAAUCUAGGUCAGCAAGAAUGUUCCUUUUUUCCCCCCUAUGUAAGAUGCUUAUCAGAACACUGCAAGAUGGUUCACCAUGGAGGAUGUGAGGAUCCUCAGAGAAGCACAUAGUUAUCUUAUGUGCGUCACAAAAAAGAACUGAAUACAUUUGCCUUUAAGCAUGAAUGAUUUUGAUACCUUGCUGUGUACUUUCUUUUUUAGUUGGUUUUAAAUUACAGGAAGCGAGCUAUUUAUACCAGCUAUAAUUAUCUUGACAAAGUGGCAGCCUAAGAACUAUAACAGAAAAAAUCUGACUAUGAAAUGAACUUAGGCUGAAGGUAUAUGCUGUGUUGAAGAUACUGUAUUUGACAGAAAAGUCUUUAGGGAAACCAACUGUUAGAAAUCCAUUGUUAGAUGGUUAGAUGAGUAUUGUUAGGAAUGUUUUCUAUCAUACUGGAUAACACAUGCCAUGGCUACUUAAAGGGUUUAUUUAUAGUAAAACAAGUAUUUAGGUGGGAGAAGAAAGAAGCUCUUGGAUUAUUUCAUAGAAAAGGUUUUAUGUGGCUGAGUGUGGUGGUACAUGCCUGUAAUCCCAGCCACUUGGGAGGCUGAUUUACUGAUUUAGGAGGGUAGCAAGUUCAGAGUCAGCCUGGGCAAUUCAGAGACCGUGUCUCAAAAUAAAAGUUCAAAAAGGGUUGGGGAUCUAGCUCAGUGGUAGAACUCUUGGCUGGGAAUUUGUGAGGUCCUAGGUUCAGUCUCUAGCACUGAAAAAAAAUUGAAAUGUGAAAUAUUGUUCAUAUCUCUCAAAACAUUAAGGGUAGCCAUACUUCCUGUGUGCCAACUCUGUUUUUUUACCCAGUUACUACAGGAUACAUCAUGUAAAGCAGAAUUUGAAAGAAGUAGCAUUCUAGGCAUUUAGAAUUGAGAAAUAACAAUAGUACAGUAUAUGUGGAAUAAAUUCCCAUCAUCAAGUAUAAUCUGCUGCCUCCUGUUGACCUUCAACUCUCAGAAUUAUUCUUCCAAAUAGAAAUUGAUACACACACACACAUUUAGAGUUUUAACACAUUUACUGUAACCCCAACUAGAAUAUCAGCUUCCAGAGGGCAAGGCUUCUGUCGUCUUUAACUAUUAUACUCCCAGGUUCUAGCACUUAAUACAUUCUGAGUAUUUGUUGAAUAUAUGGAUAAUAACCUUGUGGACUUACCUAGUACAGGUUAAUUUUACUCAGAGUUAGUUAUUAAACCUGCAGGUGUAAAAUAUUUGUGUUUCUAAUCUCAUAAUCUAAAAUGUUUGCCUUUUAAACUAUCUUGAGAAUGAUGUAUUGAAUCUGAAAAUCGAAAAGCCAAUACAUGCGUAGAACUUUAUAGAAUUCACCCAUUUGCAUUUUCCUCAUUACAUUCGAAUAACAUUUAAGGCAAUAUAACAUAUUUGUUUGUAAUAUGUAUUAAUCCUCCCCAAAUCAUAAUGUUACUACAUUUUUUCCCAAGAACUUAAAAGCUGAUUUUUGCUUUUUAUUAUGGAAAUUUUGAAACAGAUAGAGAAGUAGAGAAUACACUUGAUCUUAGCCAAAAGGCCAAGAAGCGAUUGAAAGUAGAGAAUAUACUACAGUGACUCUCCGUGUCCAUCACCCACCUACAACAAUCAUGAAAUCAUAGCUAUAUUUGUUCUAUCAAUUACUGUGAAACAAAUACUAAAGAACCUUCUUUUUUUUUUUUUUUGGUACCGGGGAUCGAUCUCGGGUCUCUGCGCUUGCGAGGCAGGCGAUGGAACCACUGAGCUAAACCCCCGGCACUACAGAAUCAUUUUGAUCACAUUGUGGUAUAUUUUUAUUUAUUUAUUUUUGGUACCGGGGAUCGAAUUCAGGACCUUGCGCUUAUGAGGCAGGCACAGUGCCACUGGGCUAAAUCCCCGGCCCUCUUUUUAAAGAUCAUAAGAAUAAUACUUUGUUAUACCAAAACCAGAAUUCUUUAAUAUCAUUGACUAUGUGGUCAUUGUUAAACAUUUCCUUACCUCAAGUGAUAUACAUUUAUUUUGUUUGAAUCAAAACCCAUACAAGGUCCACAUAACAUUUGGGUCAUCUUAGUGUUUUAAUCCUAUAGGUCCUUUUUAAAAAAUUUACUUGCAGCAUAUUUACUGAUGACACUGAGUCAUCUGUUUCCUAGUUCCCUACAUCCCCCUGAGGCCUGGGACUCUGGUUUAUGUCAUUUAUGGUGGUCAUGGCUAGCCAUUGCUAACUGUACCUUUGACUUAACUCACACCAAUGGAAUGGUGACAGCAAAAGCUAACAAGGAAAACAGCUGAGUGUGGUGGUACACCUCUGUCAUUCAAGCGCUUAAGAGGUUGAGGCAGGAAGACCACUGGGAGUUUGAGGCCAAGGUGGGCUACAUAGUGAGUUAAAGGCUGGCCUGAACUAUUUAGUAAGACCCCGUUGGAAAAAUAACAACAAAAACUGAAAGAAGUGUCCUUGUGGGCUGCAUGGAGUGGGGAUGGCCACCAAAUGCCUCUCCUGAGGGCUGGAGGUGUGCUGCCUUUUUGCUGCAUCUCUUUGUGAUUGUUGGUGAGCACAGCAAAAAUUAGGUUGACCUAACACCUUGAGAAGGUUGUAGUAAGCAGUAGUCUGGUAUCAGACCCCAUACUGGUGAUCUGAAAUAUGGUCUGUACAUCCCUCCUGGAGUUUAUUCCUAGCUGGCUGCUGCUGAGACCUUGAAGGGCCUAGGGAGGUCUAUACUGCAGGUUAGUUUCAUCCUGACUAUGAAAGUGGGCCUGAGCACUGCUCACUUGGAAUUGUGCAGAGCUGGUACACACCUCAGUUCAUUUUAGCUGAACCCUCUGAAGUAGGCUCAGGCUUUUAGGGAGGCUAAGCUGAGGCCUCGUGCCAGCGGCCUUCCUUCAUGUUAAGUGGCUAAUUGACCUUGAGCAUUGUCAGUAUGCACUGCCCAGAGAAACUUGGCUUGGAGUGUGUUCGAGGUUGCGGUGCCCCCUGCUGGUGGGGAUGUGGUGACACUGGAGACCCAGCUUCUACGCGAAAGCUCAAAAGCAAAAGAUCUAUAUUACCGAAAGUUACGUGGCAGGAAUUCCUGCUGUCUUUUUCCCCUUCUGCACUCAGCAGCGCCCGCGCGGGGCUCUCAUGUCCCCUCCUGGGCCACUGAGGCUCCACCUUGCAUGCUGGCCACUCUGGGCAACCCUUUGUGCUAGCAGUGGGGUUAGAUGAAUCUGUUGAAGUUCUCCCUUGCGACCCAGCAGUGAGGACAGUGUGCAGGAGCAGUUGCCUUUCCUGCUAGGCAUCAGUAGAUGGACGCGUGUUUCCAGUUUCUCCAAGACUCAGUGUCCUCAUUGCUGACCCUGAGCUCCUUAUGAAUGCCACUGUCAUUGUGCUGCUAACCAAAUUCCUCCACUCAGGUGGCCCCUUGUUUGCUCAGCCCGUCCCUUGGGGGAGAGCCCUUGUUGCCUGAUUCAGGCAGUUACUGCCUUACAGAUUCUAGCAGGAGACCAGAUGUGAUUCUAGUAGGAGGAUUGGAUUCUGCAAGGAAUGAACUCUACAUGAUUCCAGCUAAUGUGCUCUUGGGCCGGGUGCUUGUGGUUCCCAAAGAGUUCUGCAUAUUGACUAUUGUAAGAAUGUUCUAUUAUCCUUUUGACAUUUGCCAGAAAGGUGGGCCUAACUAGCAACUGAGCUCUUAAUUUGAAAGUUUUACUUUUGUACAGUUUUGGAAAAUGCCAUAAAUCUCUGCUUGGAAAAAUGGUAUAAGGAUGGAUUUAAAAUUUCUGAGUAUCAUCAGUGUUUGGGAUCAUCUGAAAUUCCAGCCCUGUAGGAAAAUUAGAAUACUACCCUCUGCUCCCUCUACCAAAUUAUCAGCUUCAUUUCUCUGCUCUAAAAUGGGGGAUGAAUGCCUGGUGUGGUGGCGCAUGCCUGUAAUCCCAUCACUCAGGAGGCUGAGGCAGGAGGAUCACCACAAGUUUAAGGCCAGCCUAAAUUGCAUAGUGAGACCCUGUCUCAAAACAAAAAAAUAAAUAAGAUAAAAUGGAUGCGAGCAUAACUUCUCACCUGUUGAGUUCUUUCUUGAAGACUGAGUUUCAGUGCUAAUCUCAAUCCCUAUCAAAUAAAAGGCACUUGGCAAAUGUUA